AUGGCGUCAACAAGCGAACCCUUCUACCUGCGCUACUACUCCGGUCACUCUGGCCGCUUCGGGCACGAGUUCCUGGUAUCCCGUAUCAGAGUUCGAUUUCCGGGUGGUCGGCGACGGCCGGAGCGCGGUGGCGCGGUAUGCCAACAACUCGAACUACCGCAACGACAGUCUGAUCAGGAAAGAGAGUCAGUGUUGACAGCUCCCAACACUGCGUCAUGGGGCAAGAUCACUGACAGUGACAAUAUCGCAGUGUGUGUCAGCUCCCUGGUCAUCGAUGAGAUAAGACGCAUUGUCAAGUCGAGCGAGAUCAUGAAGGAAGACGAUGGCAAAUGGCCUCAGAAGAACAAGGACGGGCGACAAGAGUUGGAGAUCAAGAUUGGAAACGACCAUAUAUCCUUCGAGACUGCGAAGAUCGGCUCUCUCGUCGACGUCACCGAGUCUUCUGACCCCGAGGGUCUCCGCGUGUUCUACUACCUCGUGCAGGACCUCAAGGCUCUUGUCUUCAGUCUGAUAUCUCUCCACUUCAAGAUCAAGCCGAUCUCUUAG